UUCCGGAUGCGUUCCAGGGACCGUGGCUGUCCCGAGGCUCCAGCUCGUCUGGAGGUACUGCGUGCGGAGACAGAGGCCCUCGGACGGCGCCGCCUGGCGGUCCCUAUUGUGCGGACCUCCGUUUCCGAGUUCUGGUGGUGGACGGUCCAGGUCUGGAAGUCACGCCUUCCAGAGGCUCACGGAAUGAACGGCCACAGUAAAGAGAGCCCAAAUCUCAACCGCAGGGCAGCGGGUGCAUUUCUCACUGCAGCCUGUCUCCGGCUUGGCAGGUGUGUUCAGUUCAACCGUAGCCAGGUUCCUAGGGCGAUGCCAUUUCAUAUCAGGGCUUUUUCCAAAGCAUCGCCGCGAAAACGUCUCCACCAUCGUUCAUUCUUUUCUCAAAUAUGUGUGAACCUCUGGUCCAAACAAGGCCCAAGUUCACAGACCAAAGGCUUAAGCCCUUGGUUAAGUGCUCAGGACGAAGUCAAAGGCGUGGAUGCAGUCAAUGCCAGCAGAUUAGAAGAACCCGCGGCUGCUGACAGCUGGAACACCUGUGCACACCUAGGAAUGCAUAUGCACGGUGCUGGAUUAGGCCAGGGUCGCAGCGCGGAGUGACGCCCAGCACUGAGACGAGAUCUGGUUCUGGACUCCUACUGAAGUUCACAUGCUUCUCAUCUUCUGUCAUGGGUGAAAUUUGCAGAACCAAAAAGCAUCUCCUGACUAGAUAAUUGAGAUCAAAUGCGUGUGUUAUUUGUCCACAAACCUCCACCAACGAGAAGGUGCCUGCCAGUCUGUGAUCACCCAUCUUCUACAUAAACUGCUCCUACAUGAGCCUCUGGGGAAGAUUUUUUUUUUAAAUUUUAAUAUUUAUUUUUUAGUUUUUGGCGGACACAAUAUCUUUGGUUGUAUGUGGUGCUGAGGAUCGAACCUGGGCCGCACGCAUGUCAGCAACUAGAAACCAUAUGUGUCAAGGUGACACCUGGAGACGUGAAAGGUCAGGAAAGGCCGAUGCCACCACUGGCCACCAUCCAGCCCCAAACAGCAAGACAGAGCCAGCCUCCGGGGAGGAGCUCCAGCCUGGUGGGGCUGCGCGUGGCCAGCCCUCAGCUGCUCAGGGGGCAGCCCCCGGGGAGGACCGGGCCACAUCUGUGCUUUCUCAGAAGCUCACCUCGGCCUCCUGUUCCUCGGGUGUUUGUACAGAGGCCCCUGCCCGCCCUCCAGCCAGUCCCUCCAAAGAGAGUCAAGGCCUCCCAGGCUCUAGGCGGCCAGGGCGACCGGUUGACUGCUCUGGCAGCCUCUCACCUGCCCACAAGAACGUCCAUUUCUUCCAGUUCACAUUUACUGAUUUCCAGCUUGCACACGAAACAUGCCAAGAAGCUAAAAAAAUCCUUCAAGGUGCAAACUCGUUCUGGACGGAUAUCUCGACCUCCCAAGUACAAAGCUAGAGACUAUAAAUUCAUCAAAACAGAGGACUUGGCCGAAGGGCACCCUUCGGAUUCCGAUGACUACUCAGAACUGAGCACAGAGGAAGAGGAAGGCCAGAGGGAGAAGCAGGCUCUCUUUGACUUAGAGAGCUGUGCCCUGAGGCCCAAGACCUUUCGGUGUCAGACUUGUGGCAAGUCAUACAUAGGAAAGGGGGGACUGGCCCGGCAUUUUAAACUUAACCCAGGCCACGGCCAGGUGGAUCCUGAGACGCCGCUGCCUGAGAAGGCCACUGGAAGCCUCUCCCUGGGAUGCACAGAAGCAGGGACUGGAGGCCUGAUCUCUCCAGAGCGGUGCGCACCAGCUGCAGCACGUGAGGAAGGGGCAGAAUCAGAACAGGGUGGCCAGCAGGAUGGGCAGUCUGUAGAAGAGGCAUUGGUACCUGAGCCAGAAAAUGGAAGUCAUUCAGCUCUUUUGGGAUCAGAGAGUCACCUCGGACCUAGAAGAAGUGGAGACUCGCAGACCCUGGCAGAGUCUAGUGCAGCUGUCCAUCAGAGGAUCCGAGCAUCCCAGCCCCACGAAGGCCCUGCUGGGACCAUGAGGCGGAAUGCCUCAGGGAGCAGAGCCCAGCUGGAGGAGUGUCUGCAGCAUUGUGACCAGAAGGAUCUGGUGGAGUUGGCGCUGCCUCAGCUGGCUCAGGUUGUGACCGUGUAUGAAUUCCUUCUGAUGAAGGUUGAGAAAGGUCAUCUGGCAAAGCCUUUUUUCCCAGCCGUGUAUAAGGAAUUUGAAGAGUUGCAUAACAUGGUUAAGAAACUGUGUCAAGAUUACCUCAGUGGUUCUGGUCCAUGCUCUCAGGAGCCCCUGGAAAUAAACAAUGAUAAGAGGCACCACAGCCUGAAUGCCCGUCACUCAACUCAUGGGUCCGCAUGCCUCUGCAGACCUGCAUCUGUACUGAGAGAAGCUUAUUUCUACUGGCCCUUUCCUCUUCAGGUUGCUGAGUUACUAGGAAUCACGGAGGAAUUCCUGAGGAAGAAAGAAACACACCCAGGCUACAAUCCCCCCAAACGCCCUACCCAAGAGAUGGAAGGGGAGAAGCUAGAGGCAGCCAGCCGCCAGCAGAGGGGAAAUGAGGCCGCAGAAGAGGAGCUGGCCAUGGUGAAAAGGCCCCGAAGAGACGCUCUGUGCACAGAUGCCCCCAAGUCUCCUGCUGCCCACAGUGGAGGCCAGGAGAAGACCGGGCCUUCCAAUGCCCCAGCUGCCAGUGAGGGUUUUGCCUCUCCAGCAAGUGGGAGCGCCCCUCCCUAUUCUGAAGAAAGCCAUGGGAUGGCACUUUCUAAUAGUGGCAGAAGCAAAUUACAUGUGGGCCAGCAGCUUAAAGCUUUUGAUGACUUCAGAGCCAGGAGGAGGUCUGUGGGCUCCGCUCCCCUGUGCGGGGCCACCAGUCGGCCAGCUCUUCAUGCUCAGUUAAGAGAGCCUGGGGGCCUGCCUCCGGCCCAGGUGGCAGCAUUUCCUGAAGAUAAUGAUCCGGAACACUCUGCAGACUCCAACACCGGGGACAGCCAGAGGAGCCCAGGUGUCUGUGGUGUCCUGUUGUCAGGUAGAAGAGGGGAGUGCUUGCUGCCUGGCAGGUCUGGAAGUGCAGAGGUAGGGAACCGUGGUGAGAUGUGUGGCUCCCACCUGAACUGCCAGCAAGUCGGCCCCAGGCACUCUGUGGCCCCUUCACUGAAGAUUUUGCCCAUGGAUGCCAUGCCAGUAGACUAUGCCUCCAGAACGGUGUCAGAGCCAGGGCCUCAGCCUGGCCCAGACAGAUCACUGCCAACUAAAGGGGGUCUUGGAAGCCAAGCUGGGGACUUGAACUGGUUCCCCUGUGGGACACAGGUGCACAUUGACCAAAGAGAACUGGAAAGUGUGGUGGCUGUAGGGGAAGCCUUGGCAUUUGAAAUUCCCAAUGGGUGUCAGAUGUUGUCUCAGGAACAGAUUUUUAUUCAGACUUCUGAUGGGCUGAUCUUGCCCCAUCCAGGCACCAUAGUGUCUCAGGGGGAGGACAUUGUCAUAGUGACUGAUGCCAAGGGGCCUGCCCUACAGACUGGUCCACCAGAAGAGGGUCCUUCAGAGACUGUGGAGACAUUCCUCACUGUAGAGACAGAGCCCUCCCAGUGACAAGGAGUCCAAAGCUUGAUCCUGGAUUUGUAUGCAUUUUAUCCAGAGAAGGUCUAUUCCAGGCAGUGUAUAUUUUUCUAAUGUGAAUACUGAUACAAAUGAACCUUUUAUUUAUAAAGUA